AUGGAGUCCAGGUAUCUCUUUGGGGAAGGAAAGACUGGCCGUGGUGAAAUACCUCUGCCCGCAUCGUCUUCGCUGGAGACUCGGAGGUCAAGGAAACCUCGCGUAGCAUUCCUCUGCUGUUUUUUGGGUCUUCUGGCGUGGAUCAGACUAUGCCAACGACACCAACCACCAGAUUCAUGGGCCGUUACUCAGCAAAGUCGAAAUCCUGCAUAUCUCAUAGAAGCGGAACAUGGUGCUGUCGCGUCGGAGAACAAGCGUUGCUCCGACAUGGGGGUCGAGGUUCUCAAAGACGGGGGCAAUGCUAUAGAUGCGGCCGUUAGUGUUACUUUCUGCGUUGGGGUUGUCAAUAUGUUCUCGUCUGGUAUCGGCGGAGGCGGCUUCAUGACCGUUCGCAUCCCAUCUAAAGACGCCAACUCCUCUUCAGAAGUAUUUGAUAUCGAUUUCCGAGAAGUGGCUCCUGCGCUGUCGAACUCGUCCAUGUUCUCGGGCGGAUCGAAUUCCUCAAUGUUUGGAGGCCUAUCGGUUGCCGUGCCAGGCGAACUUCGUGGACUGGAAGAGGCGCACAAGAGAUGGGGAACAGUCCCAUGGAAGAGGCUUGUGCAACCCAGUGUCGACUUGGCUGCCGGUUGGCAAGUCGAUAAGGAGUUGGGACGCAGGAUUCCGUGGUUCGUUGAUUUGAUGCUGGGAAAUCCAGAUUGGCGUGAUAUUUUUGCUCCGAAUGGAGUGCUAUUGAAAGAAGGAGAAAUGAUCAGAAGAACGAAUUACUCUAGGACGCUUGCGACGAUCGCUACUGGAGGUGCCGAUGCUUUCUACAAAGGCCCUAUUGCAGAUGCACUUGUUCAGAAGAUCACUAUGACUGGCGGCAUCCUAUCUCAUGCUGAUCUCGAAGGGUACAAAGUAAAAGUGUCGCGAGCUCUCCAAGGAACUUAUAGAGACCGCAAGAUACAUACCACCCAUGCGCCCACCUCAGGACCCGUCCUACUUCAUAUGCUCAAUCUGAUGGAAAAGUAUGACUUAGAGACACGAGAUGGUGUCAAUACACAUAGAUCAGUUGAGGCAAUGAAAUUCGGGUUUUCAGCGCGUACUAGAAUAUGCGACCCUGGUUUCCAAAAUAUUACCGACAUCAUAAACUCUAUAUCCACCAAAACGUUCGCCAACAUCAUUUUCCCUAACAUUACAGAUGGUCAUACACAUCCACCCGAUUAUUACAACCCUAAAUAUGAUGUCUUGACAGAUCAUGGAACGAGUCAUACAUCCAUAGUCGACAAAAAUGGCAUGGCAGUCUCGUUAACAUCCACCAUAAACCUUGUUUUUGGGUCAGAGGUUCUUGACCCAGUGACCGGUGUCAUUCUGAACGACGAAAUGGAUGACUUCAGUGUCCCUGGGACGCCCAAUGGAUUCGGGUUAUGGCCCUCACCAUACAACUAUCCUGAGCCCGGAAAGCGUCCCCUAUCGUCAACAACACCAACGAUCAUCGAGAAUGCCGAUGGGUCCUUCUACCUGAGCAUCGGUGGUUCUGGAGGCUCUCGAAUCUUUCCGGCUGUCUUCCAGGUGAUAUUAAAUCUUGAGUGGGGCUUGGAUCUCAGCUCUGCAAUUGAAUUCGGCCGACUUCAUAAUCAAUUAUAUCCUCUUUUCUUGGAUGCAGACAAUGUAUAUCCCAGCGACAUUCUAGAUGAUUUGAGACGUAGAGGGCACAAUGUCAUCGUCGCCGAUGUAAAUCGUGUUGCCUCCGCUGUGAACGGUGUCAUGAUAAAGGACGGGAAGAUUUUUGCUGCGAGCGACUCCCGUAAAAAUGGGAUAGCAGCAGGAUAUUAA